ACUAGAAAGCACUCCACGUUAACUUUCACAUUGAUAUCUUGGUUCUAAACCAGGCUGACAUAUUAUAAAGUUUACGUACGUGAUUUUAGAGGGGGUACCUGUACAAAAAUAUUUGAAAUUAGAUUAGAUUAGAAUCUGAGCGUUGCACAUGAUUGCGAAAUUUAAUUUGGAAUUCUCAAACUCACCUAUCGCUGUAAUGUCUUUCAUCAUCAUCAUCAUCAUCAUCAUCAUCAUUAGCUAAUAAACUUUCUCGAUUUCUUUUUAGCCCAACUAGUGUCCAGUUGGAACGUAUCCAUUGAUAACAAAACAGCAACCAGUAUGCGCGUUUCUUGGAAAAAUCUAUCAGCACUGCUAGACCAAAGCAUUCUUCACUUUCUAACUGUCAUAAAAAGCGGCAAUGGAAGUAUUGUGAAUGGAAAUAUCCUGCAAGGAAAUGCUACAUCUAAUGUUUUCUAUGGGCUGUCGCCAUAUAUGGAAUAUCGACUCAAUGUUCUUGGUGUAAAUGAUAACGGAAAGGUUUACACGAGUUCAGAGGUCACAGAGUGGACUGAGAAAUCGGGUAUGUUUUUAUUUCAUUAGUUACCUUGCCUGCCAAAUCCCAAUUUAUAACUUAUUCAUAACAGCUUUUUAUGUUGUAUAAAUAAUAUGUUGUAUUAGGCUAUAGAAUUUACUUCAGGAGGAGCGCCUAUUUUCCAAUACCACUUAAUUCAACUGUGAUGUUCGUCCGCAACAAAGUUUUUCGCAAUGGCGUCUUUUAAAACAAAGCAAGAUCUUAUUUUAUAAGCCGUACGUCUACUUUCAUUGACGAUGAAGAAUUUUUGUGUUGUCUGACCUUUUCGAGUGGAAAAACACCUGCUUUCCCUACGAAGAUUAUUUAACUUUUAACCUGGAUGAGAUGACCGAGUCCGAGUGUCUAGAGCGCUUAACUAGGGAGCGGGAGGUCGCGGGUUCUAUUCCUGGGGCCGGACUAAUACUUAGGGUCUUAAAAUAACUAUUAUUUUCAAUUGAUGAGAAAAAAUUUUAGCUCUUUAAAAAGAUAGCAAAUUGUGUGAUAUAGCUCCUUUAAAAGCGUAACAAACUAAACAGAUCAAGCAAAAUAGCUUUAUUAAAGUUACAUGUAAGGCAGGGUGUCAGAGUUUAGAUUUGGAAAAAGAGACAUUCUGGUGUGAUAGUGGUUUUCCAUAGAAAGUUUAUUUCCUCUAUAUUAAGGAUAUAUGAUUUGCCUUACCUAAAUACCAUUACGAGUUCGCUCGCUCGGCCUCCUCAGCUGUUGUCAUUCUCCGAAGUAAAAACAAUUCAUUAGUCGAAUUUUCAAUCAACAUCGCUUGUGAAGAGAAAAAAGGAACGAUACCUGGAUUUACGACGAUAAGAAAAUGCAAAGGAAUUCACAAAUCGCUUAAAACAGUGGAUUUGUACCUGCCGAAGCUUGUGGAUUGCAGGACGACGUGAUUCUACUUUGCUUGGCGUCGUCGUCGACACCACGACGACGAAAUUUACUGGUCGCGCUUUCGGAGUACACUGUAACUCACUUCCUGUCGUCGUCGACAAAGUUGUCGUCGUGGUUCUUAAGUUCCCUAUUAGGGAACUUAAGAACCACGACGAAGUUCACGACGACGACGUCUGUUAACUGGGAAUAGACUGGAACGAGAACGUCGGUUUCGGCGGGAAAAAGAAAACUUAAGAUGCAGUCGGUUGGUAGUCGACGACGACGACACUAAAGUAAACACAAAUGUAAAACUGUGAUGUUCGUUCGCAACAAAGUUUUUCGCAAUGGCGUCGUUUAAAACAAUGCAAGAUCUUAUUUUUUAGCCGUGCGUCUAAUUUCAUUGACGAUAAACAAUUUUUGUGUUGUCUGACCUUUCGAGGGGAAAAACACCCGCUUUCCGUAUGAAGAUUAUUCAACCUGAAUAAGAUGACCGAGUCCGAGUGUCUGUCAGAGUUUAAAUUUGGAAAGAGAGACAUUCUGAUAAGAUAGCUGUUUUCCAUAUAAAGUUUAUUUCCUCUAUAGUAAAGAUAUAUGAUUUGCCUUACCUAAAUACGUACAAGUAAAUUUAUCACUUACGAGUUCGCUCGCUCGCGCUCCACAGCUGUUGUCAUUCUUCGAAGUAAAAACAAUUCAUUAGUCGAAUUUUCAAUCAACAUCGCUUGUUAGGAAAAAAAAGGAACGAUAGUUGGAUUUACGAGGAUAAGCAAAUGCAAAGGACUUCAAAAAUCGCUUAAAACAGUGGAUUUAUACCUGCUGAAGCUUGUGGAUUGCAGGACGACGUGAUUCUACUUUGUUUGGCGUCGUCGACGGGACCACGACGACGAAAUUUACUAGUCGCGCUUGCGCAGUACACAGUAACUCACUUCCGGUCGUCGUCGACAAAGUCGUCGUCGUGGUUCUUAAGUUCCCUAUUGUUUGCGUCACGACAACUGAUGAUACCAAUUAUAUUAAAUGAACUAUAUUUAACAUUUUGCCCAUGAAAUUCUGCCGAUGGACGCCGUUUGAAGUUGGUAAAGCUUUUUUUUGUGAAGAAAUGAAGGAUAUAUUCGAGGCAAAUAAGCUGGGUUUUGACGGUAAAAGUCGCGCUUUAACUCAUUUCGUCGCAUUUGAACUGAAGAACAUAUGGCCGAUGAGACGAUAUUUUGUGUCGCAAAACCGUCGUGAAGUCUCUUGCUGUCGGCGUUGCAAUUCUCUGCAGUUACACGAGGAAAAUCAAUUACGAUCCGCCAACAAUAAUAUUGAUUGAUAUUCCCCUAAAAAAAACUUGUGAUUGGGAAUCUUAUAAUGAGAAAACUCCAUCGCGAAGAAUGCAGACACACAUUAAAUAUUCAUAAUCAGCGAAGCGGCAAAUUUGUAUGCGGGCUGGCUAAGGAAAGCUCACAAUAAGAGAAGAAAGAGCUCAAAUUGGUCAGGUUGCGCUGAUAAAACUUGCUUUCCUACUUUCCAAAAGCCAAAUCCUAAAAGUUUACGCGCAUCUUUUGAAGACGAAUGGUGUAUCUGCAAAUUGAGCCUAGAAUGAAGAAGAUUGAAGAAGAGUAAACAUUAUCCCUUUGAACUUGAAAAUACAGUAAAAACGGGAGUUUUAGUAUGGAGUCCAUUUUCGAAAGAAAAUUUCUGAAAAUUUACACUGUGUUUCAAAAACCUACGCGCGGCAAAUGAAAGAUGGACCUUUUCUCGAAAAGAAUCCGUUUUAAUUUUGAAAAUCGGUUGAGUAGAACCACUAUCCCUUUCACUUUGAAAACUUCUCGUAGGAGUUGUGUUCGAAAAUGGCGCGUCUCGAGCAAGCGAGCUAUUGUCUUAGUCCCAAGAGUGAAUAAGAAUCGUUUUUAGGGCUAAUACGAUGCGCAUUCAAGAAAACCACUCAGUUGUAAAAUAGUUCACAGUUGCCGCGAAUUUCAAAGCCAAUACAGUGCAACAUCUGACUCAUGCGAACUGCCAGACAGAUCGCGUAAUGAGCAACGCUAAAAUCGACGAUAACGUCAACGAUCGGGAGCUCUUUUCAGGGCUCAUAGACAACCCGAUCAUUCCCCUGCUAAUACCCAUGGUCCCUCCUUUUAUGGAUAAAAAAGAUCCAAUGUUCUCUCUACAAAUUAACGGAGAAGCAGUCUGGGAAUAGCGUCAAGUUUCUGGUCACCCGAGGGCAUUUGAUUCGAUCCAACGAAGCAUUCUACCGUUAGGAUACCAGCUUUUUGAUUCAUCCCGGGACCACAUUGGAAAUGCAGUAGCCGCAAGCAUCAGACGCUUCUGCCAAAAAACACAAGCCAUCACAAACGGUAAAGAACGAAAACGAUUGAAAGCAGAGACUUGGCUAAAACUAGCUGUAAACCCGGAAGAAAUCCAGCGCACACCUAAUGACGUUAUGGCGCAACUUAUUCAACAAAACAGCAACCUAAGCACGACGGUAAAAGAGAGGGCUUCCGACUUGUAUAACGAGAUGCAAAGUUAAAAAAUCGUGAAACUCAUAACAGAAUCGUCAGCUUGGACUAGCUUGGGGAGGCGAAGAGCAAUUGCUGCUCUCUCCGUCAUGUUUAUCGCCUGCAUGACUCAGAAAGCUUCAAAAAUUCAUAAAACUUUUGUCUCAAAGUUGGCCAUAGUGCUAAUUUCAAACAUUCAAAGUCCACAUGAAGCCAACUUAUCGCCCCAUGAAGCUAUAGCACAAAAUCAUAACAUCAAAAUUCCUGUUUACGGAACGGGAACGAUCGAUCUACCACAGUUGUCGUUUUGAUAUCUGGCGUUAUCGUGCGAGCUGAGAAAUUAUGAAAGCCGUCUAAACCUGAGUGCACAUUUGCAUAUUGCGGUACCCACAAUCACAAUAAGGGUUGAUUUCCACUGUCGCGUAAUUUUUACGUGCGUACAUGCAUAAAUUUUACGUUCGCAAAUAAGAUAGAGGCAAUGAAUGAACGGUCGCUCGUAAGCGUUAAAGCUGAACCUCGCUCAACUUGACGUUUAAUCUCAACACUUAAUAUCUUGCCUCUAUUUUGUUAGCGUGAUUAAAAUUUACUGGCGUUAACGUGCGUAGACAAAAACGCGUCAGUGGAAAUCAACCUUAACUCGUUCCUUGCGCUAUAGGUAAUCCACAAGUCAAAAAACAAAACAAAACAAAAACAACAACAACAACAACAAAAAAACACCGGAAAUACAUUUCAGAUUUCACUUACCCUUAUUUUCUUGUACUUUAGGUCUGAGAGUUGUUGGAGGAUCUGGAAGCUGGGAAGGAAGAGUUGAAGUAUAUUACAAUAACAUCUGGGGAACUGUUUGUGAUGACUCCUGGGAUAUAAAUGACGCACGAGUCGUUUGUCGCCAGCUUGGAUUUCCUGGUGCGGUUAGUGCCCCAGCGAAUGCCCGAUUCGGGCCCGGGAGUGGUCAAAUCUGGCUGGACGAUGUUGCAUGUUCGGGAAGAGAAAGUUCCAUAAUCUAUUGUCGGCACAGAGGUUGGGGCUCUCAUAACUGCGACCACAGUGAAGAUGCAUCGGUGAUAUGCUCUGGAGGUAUGUUGGACGAGACAAAAUUCAAUAGUCAUAUCAUGUGCAUUUCGCUUAGUAAGGGAGCUGAUAAUGUGGAAGAACCUCCUGAUAUGAAUCCCUUAGAAAACUGAUUACAUAAACGUUUAUUCGAAGCAUUUAAUCAAUAUCGUGGACGAUACAUAAGUAAAAGAGUUGAGGAAAAAAACAAAUAAGUUAUGAUUGGAGUUUGUUUGUUUGUUUGUUUGCUUGUUUGUUUGUUAGCGUACAGUGCGCAGCUAUUACCUGAAUCUCAAAGCUGUGAUUAUCUGAAAAAAAAAUAAGCGAAUUCUCUCUACCAACAGCACAAACAACGUCCGCGCCAUGGAUCUCGCCGUCUGUCCAAGCAUCUUGUAACUUUGACUAUGGAUUGUGUUAUGGAUGGAGUCAGUCUUCCUCAGACGUAUUUGACUGGACACGCCAAAGAGGAAGUACUUCGUCUUCAAAUACGGGGCCUUCGUCAGAUCACACCACUGGAAACGGUAGAGACAAUUACGCUGCAAAUUGAAAUGAAUUCGGAUUGAUUAAAAGCUUAAUAAAAAAAAUAGCAGUAAAUACAAAGCUAAGUGCCCACGAGCAAAGAUUUUAACUAAACGCGUGCGUUGUUCAGUUUGAUUAGAAAUGUCAAAUAGUCAGAAAGAGCACAUUGAACUUAGUAACAUUCUCAAGAUUAGUGUUUAUCGGGCCUAUAUUGAACGAAAUACAACCAUUCAAAAACUCCAAAAUUUACUAAGAAAUGUAUAGACGUCCGGACGAUGUCUCCGGCAAUACAUACAUCUCUUAAAAAUUGACAAGUUUAUAAGAAGCUGUGUCUUGUAAAGUAUUGCCCCAAUGGAAAUUUCAUAACUUCAAUGUGCUUUUCUGACUAUUUGGGUCUCGAGAUAUUUAUCCCAUAAUAAACCGACUUCUUCCCAGCCCCUCUCAAUUCAAAUAUGAAAACUAGGCAGGGCUUAUAAGCGACAGUUAACGGUUUUUUUUUAAUUGCCAUUUUUGUUUGUUUACUUCGCUGUUGUUGUUUAAUUAUCUUUCUCCUUUAUGCAGAAUAAUCCAGAUAUUAAAGACAAAUGUCAACUGAUUAACCUAGAACUAUGACAGCACUGAUUUUCACGCCUAGUUCGUUUAUUUUUGCGCGCAGAAAUAACAACCCCUUACUCUUAUCCUUGAAAUGUUUUUCUUUUCAAAUACCAUUUAUUGACGUCCAUACCGGGAAGAAGGCGGGGGGGGGAGGGAGAGUCAUAUUUCACUGUAAACGCUGUAUUGUUAGCAGGGAAGAUAGAGGAUUUACAGAAUGAUUCUUAUUGACUGUUUUGUUAUAAAAUAUUAUUAUUAUUAUGCUCUUGCAGGAUACUACAUGUAUACGGAGACGUCGUCUCCUAGGGGACAAGGUGACAACGCAAAACUUCAAGUGUCUGUUUCUGGAAAUGGAGCAGCAGCUUGUCUUGUUUUCUGUUAUCACAUGUAUGGUGAUACCAUAGGAGCUCUAAAUGUUUACAGCGGAAAUGAUUUGGUUUUCAAUGUAUUUGGGAACCAGGGUAACUACUGGAUACAAGCAAGGGAAACAAUUUAUUUGCGAAACAGUGUAAGUUACAUAAAGGUGAAUUUUCAUGGUGACUUCGCUCCAUGUAAAGGUAAUGGAAUCCCUAUUCUGGAACCCUGGAAACUUUUAACCUGUAGAAGCCGGAAUGCUGGCUUUCAUUUUGAAUUCGGAACACCACUCUAGGAGUUCAGAAUCCCACUCAGAUUGGAAUCCGGACUCCAACUUACACUGACAAAGGUCAGGAAUCCAGUACCUGGAAUCCCGAUCUCAUGGAGUAAAAUCUAGAACCCAACACUGUUUUUGAUCCCCUUUAAUGGCAUGAGCGACUGUUGGAAAAACGUAAAGGGUUCUGGUCUGGUUCUGGUGGCCUAUUGAAAUUAUGAGAAAGAUUAUGAUCUUUCAGUCACUGUCACGGGUGGCUGUGAGGAAAAAAUCCCAGUGCUUCCCGGCGUUAAAAGUCAACCGCGACCCUAUGACCCUUGGUUACUGGUCCGGGUGCUGCACCACUUUGCUACAGUAGGCCAAGGCCACUAAACUAGGUUCAUGUGACACACGUCCUACAUACUACUAGAGCUAACUUAAAUCUACUUUAAUUAUAGAUAACCUUCGAAGGUAUUGCGGGGUCUUCAUUUACAGGAGAUAUAGCUAUCGAUGAUGUGGCAAUCACCAGUGGAAGCUGUAAUAGUCCGACCGUGCUGCCGACAAACCAAAGCAGUGGAAGUAAAUAGUUCUCUUGUUGAUUAGAUGUUAAAAUACUUGGUAAAUAUUUCGUUUAAAGCUAAGAUGAAGAACAAAAGCAUAACAUUAUCUUCAACACGAGAGGCAGCUCUAUGGCUGAGUGGCUUUUGCUUUUUAGUGUAAUCUGGCAGUCCCGGGUUCUAAUCUCGCUCCGACUGCUAACUGGAUUUAUUUUUAGGCCAUCUAGAAUUCAAAUCCCCGGCCUCGAUUCCAAUUGCCAAUUGUUGUCGCUGCUGCUGUUGCUGUCUUUGUUUGAUCCUCAUAUUUCCUUUGUCAGAUUAUUUCUAUUAGUUUAAAUUAUUUUAACGGGGUGCUUGUUAGCUAGCUGGAAAUCUAAGUGCAUUUUCACCAUCAAUAAACCCCAAAAGAGAAUGAGCUUGAUAAACCUUAUUACUGUUUCAAAGUCGACGAUUCUGGGACGAAUUUCUCCUGUCCAGAUUUUUGCGUACCAUUCGCCCAAACUGUGGACCAACCGGUUUGUCCAUGUAAAUGGUAAAAACCCUAUGUAUAUCCAACAAGUUCAUUCCUUCCGUUUGGGAUUCUAAAUUAGCACAACUUUGCUUGUGGUUAAUUCGUUUUCCUUUUCAGUUUCUGCUUCCCUAACUAUGUAGCCUACAAAAAUAUCCAUGGUUGCGCUAAGCCACAUUAGAGAAAAAAACUAGCACUAUUUCAAGAAAUUUUUGGCAAAAAUUACUUUUGUUGUGUUUAAUUUGAGACUUUUAAGCUGAAGCUGCGCGCUUUUUACUCGCUCCUUUUGAUUUCGUGAUUUUGCUUGAUGCAUGGUCUUAUGCAUCGAAAGACUGUGGCCAUGAAAGGGGUUGUUUAGUUUGAAUGUGGAGUCUGAAUUUAGUGAUUUAUUAAUCUGUAAGAGCCCCUUGAGUGAUUAAUAUGCAAAAUAAAUUGUAAGGUUCAUCCAGACCUGCUGAUAAUUCAUUAAGAAUGUGGAUAUUUAAGGGGAGUCUUUGCAUCAAUAGAACCGACUCCAAAAAUAAUGGUCAAUUCUUUUGUUAUUCAAGACUAUAUUCAGGCAUUGAAUGUUUCCUCUGGUUUGUUGCUACGGAUGGCAAGUAAAGACAUAAAUCAUAUGAUUUAAGAGAGUGUCUCCGUAAGAGCGGUCCGGUCGAUUUUGCUUGAGACACAGAUUUAGCUCAUUUCUUGUGUGUUGUAAGACAUUCAUGUACCUACACUAAAACCACAAUCCGUUUGAUCGGAUCUCUUUACUUUUUCAUAGUUUUACAGAAAUUAAAUUUCACUCGAGCGAAGACCUGUCGUGACACUUUUCAAGAUGUUAAUUUGAGGCAACUUUGGCGGACAAUUUACAACAAACUACGGGACUCAGCGAAACACAAAUACCACAGCCAUGUAUAUUAACUCUAUCUUAUCCAUCGAGGCAACUUUCGUGAACAUCACGUUUCAAUCAAGCAAACAGGAAGACUUGAACGACACCUCAUCGGUUCGCUUAAGUCACACACGUGAAAACCGAUCAAAUUCAAGGUAGAUUUUUGAAAAAGUGAGGCGUUCUUAACUGAUCCAACUAAUAUAGCUAGGAAGUAGGUGCCAUAGAAAAGGUAGCUACAGAAAAAACUUUGCGGCCCGACCUUUACUAAAACUUUAUAACUCCGUGAACUUACCUAAUUUUCGGCAAUCUCCAAGUUUUGCCGCCAUUUUGAGGGACUUGUCAACAUGAAGCGCAGCAGAUAUAGAUCGAGCAGGUAGAUCUAAAACCGUCAGAAAUAUAUACGAAAGCAUUCAAGUUCAAUUCAAGGGGCAAAAUUUGAAGUUGUUCGUUAAACCUACCAUUCCUACAUCCCCAUGCGACCGUUUCUUCCGACAAUUCAAACACUACAACUAGUGUUCGAAUUUCCCUCGUCGAUUCCACCGUAAGAAAUAACCUGUGCCACCCAAGCUUCGACUCGAAUGUGAAGAACGAAUCAAACAACAUAACUGCUUCAUCUUCGAGACCAUAUCACGCUGGUAUUUUGAUUUUCUGAUCGACAAGAACGGUGAUCAGGAAGUGAUCGCCAUGUUUACCUCAUAAACGUUACCGCUGACCAGCCGCUGAGUGAAAACAGUACGGCGCGGGGUGGUGUGGGUGGCGGACUUAUCGUCAUAAGAUAUUCGAAUACAUGCUUAAAAAGCUUUAGGACUCUCAGUCUAAACAGUGAAGGCAUGCUUCAUGGUACAGACAACUUUUAUUUUAUUCUCAUAACUUUUUUUUUGUGUGUUUUUUUUUGCUAAUUUGGAGCGCUUACCAUUUGUAUGGAAGAGCUGGAAAUUCCGGGGAGAAUUCAAAUGGAACGGUUCAUUCCUUUGGAAAUUUUCCGGACAAAAAGUAAUACCUUUCGCGGUAUUCCCCUUUUUUUCCGUUGUUACCCAAACAACCGAAAUUUUCUGUACCAUUUGUUUGGAUUACCAGUACCAGGCUUCAAGUCGAGAGAAAGGGAAAAAGUUAUUUGUAUUUUGUGAAUGGUACAACUCAAUCCCGUUCCUAAUUUUUGGGAACAAAAAAAAAAAAAAAUACCAGUACCAUUUGACGGAAGUUUUUCACCAAAAUUUCCGCACAAAUGGUAAGCGCUCCUAGACUUACCGAUUUUUUUGGCUGUUUUCGUUGCCUUCGCCGCUUGGCGUUGCACUAUUUUAUAUUUUGUUCAGUAAACUAUAGAUAUUAACGAGAGCUUCGCUUUUAGCCCUGGCUAAAUCUAAUUAUAUAUAGGAUAACUAUACAGGGGCAUUUUGUAAUUGGGCAUCGAGGAAAAUCUUAAUCAACCCUUACUGUUAUUAAGGAUUGAUUUGGUUCUUUUUCUUUCAUACAGGUUGUUUUGAUCUAUCCCCUAGCUUCUGUUCAUCAUUCGCUCAUGGAAAUUUCUGUGUGAAUAGUUUUAACUUCUCUAAAAAAUAUUGCACAAAAACAUGUGGUUUUUGUGGAGGUAUGUAUUAGGGACGCGAAUAUCUUGCCAAAAGCUGACAUUAUAUCUUUAAUUGUCUUCUUAUUAUUAUAAUUUCUUUUUACUCUGUAAACAGAUUUUUUACUGUUCAUUUGUUAUUUAAUUUUAUGUAUUUAUCUUUUCUCUUUGUUUUACAGCGGGCUGCUUCGAUAGUCAGGUUAUCUGCCCAGAUCUCCCAAAUGGCUUUUGUUCUGCUCAUUUCUAUUGGUCCUGGCAGAAUUGUCGACGGUCGUGUGGUUUCUGUUCAGGUAAACAUUCUACACCGAAGUUUUUGUCAGUUUAG